AUGAAUUCAGAUUUGCUCAAAGAGUUUUUGAUUAAAGUUCCCAGAAAUUUGGGAUUUCGUGAUUUCAAAGGUCUCCCCCAUUACAUAACUAAAGUUUUAUAUUAUUCAGCAACUGAUGAAGGAAAAUACUUGAGAGACCUUUUCCCCAAGGUAUCAGAAAGAGACCUAGAUCCAAAAACGGUUUAUAGUAUUCCGGGAUCAACUGAAAUUUUGAAUCCAUUUUAUGAAACUAGUAGUGUGGCAUAUACUCAUCCACCAGAUAAGGCAUGUGCAAAACCAUUCAAAGCAGGUGAACCCGUAUACAGAUGUGAAGAGUGUGGUUUUGAUGAUACUUGUGUUUUAUGUGCCUUUUGUUUCAACGAGCAAGACCAUUUGAAUCAUAAUGUCAGUGUUUACAUAUCGCGUGGGACGUCAGGAGGUAUUUGCGAUUGUGGCGACCCAGAAGCUUUCCUUCGACCUUUGAAUUGUAAAUGCCAAACAAACAGAGAUGAACUGGAAAUUGACUUGAGUAAUAUGAUGGAUGCAUUGCGUAUGACAAUUCAAAUUGCUGUCGAUUAUGUUUUAGAUGUUUCCAAUUUUGCUAUUCUGACAUUACCUCUUAUUCACACCGAGCUUAAUGAAAGACAUCCUAAAUUGGAUGUGCAAGCAUUAUCUGACUAUUUAUCCUUACCUGCAGAGUCUUAUAGCGGAGCAUCGGAUAUAAACUCUACAAACAGAUGGGUUUUAAUUUUAUGGAAUGAUGAAUUCCACAAUUUGACAGAGGCAGUAACAGCUAUAAAAGCUGGUACUGGUUUUAGUGAUAGGAAUUCUUAUAAGAUAGCAGAGAAGAUAGAUAGUAGGGGAUUUUGUGUUAUAAAGGAAGAAGAUAGCCCGCAGAAUUUAAUCCAAGCCAAACGGCUAGUUGAAUUCAAUGGAUUGGUAGCAACAAUCGUGUCAGCUCGUGAUUUGUUGAGACAAAAAAUUGCCAGUUGUAUUCUAGAUUGGUUAACUGCUGUGCUAAAUUCUCCAAGCGCUCAAAUAAGAAAGGCAGCCCUGUCUUAUUUUGCUGAAUUGUUGUUACAGCCAGAUUAUAGAUUUUCAAAAGUUAUCUCAUCAUCUUUUUUAAAAGAAACCUUGGAAUCAGAAUCCGUCCAAGAUCAGCUUUUUGCAUAUUAUGUUAAUGGACUUCCAUACGAUGGUGAAUUAGUCAGUUUUAAUUAUAAUCAAUUGAGAACCGCUGCUAACCCAAUUACCUUACAUGAACCCUUGUCUUCUUUAUUAGAUCAGAAAAGGUCAGUUGAAAAACUCAAAGGUUCCAGACUACAAUAUUUGCUAACAUUCCAAAUCAGAUUUCCCAAGGAGACUCGUAAAAAAUUGGGGUUGUUAUUAGUGCCUCCUUUGGUAAAAACACCAGCUUUAAAACGAGAAUUUGCGGAUCAAUUUGUUGAACUAUACCCGUCCCUAUUAACCAUGAUGGCUUUAACAGAUAGGGAGGAAGAUUUAAAUUUAAUGGCUGACAUUACAUCUCAAUUAUUUACCUGCCCUCAAACAGUUCGUUUUAUUAUAGACAAUGGAAAAAUCACGAACUUGGUAGGUCCUUUGGCAAAGCUAAUUGAAGAACACAGCUCAGUUCGAGACAUCAAUAGUGGGUACAGAGUGUACUGUGACAUUGGCAGCAAUUUACAACAGAAAAGAGCAAUAAGAAAGGCAGUUCUGUACGGCAUCAACAACUUUUACCAUUUUUUCAACCCAGCUGUUUCAGGAGAGAAUAUAGCAAAAUUUUUGCAACCUGACCUUUUUAAAUUACUAGUCUUGUUGUUGAGGUAUUUCCAAGGUUAUUGGCCUCUUACUAGAAAGUAUGGUGAGCAUGUUGAAAGAGAUGAUUUCGACAUCACCGUACAUUUUGAAAUUUCAAUGCCUAUUUUAAAGUCUCUCUAUAAUUUGGCUGUUCACCUGCGCAAAUACAGAGAAACCCCUUCUAUAGUUGCACAGUUAAUCGAAUUAUUGUCAAAGAGGAAAAAUGAGUACAUCGAACCCGGAGUAAUCAAGUUUCAAGUUAGUAAAGAUCCGGUCGCAAUGAUUAAUCCGUUGAACUCAUUGUUGUCAUAUUUUUUGCAGUUGGGAAAUAUUGAUAAUUUCAAACAUUUAUUGCAGCUGUAUCUGUCAGAAUUAGUCAAUAUUACCGAUAUUUCUCUCAGAAGUAUUGUUUUGGGAUCUCAAAUUGAGACGGGAUUUUGGAUAAGAAACGGAGUUUCAACUUCGCGCCAAGCUUCCUUGUAUUUUGGUACACUAAUGUCAGAAUACGCCUUUAUGAGUGAUUUCCACUUGAAUCAAAUUGCUGUUUUAUUUGAGGACCCAGAAAAAGUAUUGAUGAACUUUUUGGAGCGUUGGGGGUUGUAUCUGUGGCUUAAGAAUGAAGAGCGUUUUAACGAAACAGCUUAUGAGGAAAGGAUUUUUUCUAUCGUGGAAAGAUUUAUUGCAUUUGUUUACAAUUUGUUUGUUGACAGAAGCAUGUUGAUAAAUGAGGCUCCAAAGGAUGCAGCGUUAAGAAAACUUAAUCGUGAAAUAAGGUAUACGUUAUGUGAAGGUGCAAUGUCCUUUUCUAAACUAAAAAGGCAAAUAGACAUUCGGCUUGCAAAUUUGAAUGAAUUUGAAGAUGUUUUAUAUGAAGUAGCUGAUUAUCAGCCACCAUCUGCAUUGGUCGACACAGGCUUAUAUCGGUUAAGGGAACCAAUGUAUGAAAAAUUGGAUCCGUUGAAUAUGCUGCUUGAUCCUGGGAGAUUUCAAGUCGUUUUGGAAGUGCUCAUCAAGAAGAUUUCGAAGCUGAAGAAGAGGAAAUCAGAGAAAUGCAUUGUAACUCCAUUCAUAGAAAAAGCCGGGAACGAUUUUAUCGAUGAAAAUAUGGGGAAUUUUGUCAAAUCAUUAACAUUUAUGAAGUUGAAUUAUAAACUUACUCAGGUGGCAAUAGAUACGUCGGAUGAAACAUAUUUGCCGCACUUGCUCCACUUGGUACACGCAAUUAUGUUGGACGAUGAAAUGAUCCAUGGAAAGGAGUAUUUAAAUGAGCUUUUCUUUGAUAUUCCGAUUACUGAUUUAUUGGUUACCAUUGUGGACUCUACAAUGUCCAAACAUGUACGCCAAAAGGCUGACUUUUUAGUAGAACAAAUGAUCAGCAAGGACAAGCGUAUUAUUGAGAGUUUGGUUGAUUGUUUUGGUGAGGAGUAUAUUCAAAGAUUCAAGAAGAGAAAAAACAGCUUAUUUGAAUCAGAUGCAGAAAGAAAGAAAAGAAAAGCCGAAAAGAGAAAAACCAGUAUUUUAAAGAAGUUUUCUCAACAACAAGAGAAGUUCUUAACCCAGAAUGAGGAUUUACAAAAGAAUAUGCCCCAAACAAGUGCUGUACCAAUGGAAGGGGAGGAUUCCCAAAGAUUGCGUACUUGUGUUGCUUGCGGAGAACUUGAGUCUUUUGAAAAACCAUUAGCAAUUAUGGCUGCUUCUAUUAAGGCACCUGUGUUUUGGAAGUUGCCACCAGAAUCCGGAGAGGUUGUUUCUAAUGCCUUUAGAACCUGGGACAAGAAUUUGUUACUUGAUUCCAAGGCUACUGAAUAUGGUGUUGGUUAUGAUACAGUUACUAAACUGGCACUAGAUACUAAUCAAUUUGAAUCUUGGGUGUUGUCUUCAUGUGCCCAUAGCAUCCAUCAUAGCUGCUUGGGCAGAAGAAUUAUAGGAUCUUCGCAAUAUUCGUGCCCCUUAUGUCAUAAUUUACAUGACUUGAUUAUUCCUACCAUUUUAGUAAACAAGGACGUUGACAUUCCUAUGGAAGUUCUUAAUGGUCCUCCAAUAAGCUUGAAAUACAACCAAAUUGUACAAUCUGCUGAUUCUAACAUAAAACUUGGUCACUUAUUAAGGGUAUUUUUAAGACCUGAGUAUUUUACUAAUCGUGCAAACACCGUGGAAUUAGCAACUCUCAGUGAAGCUCCAUUAAUUGCUUCACUGAAAAUGAAAUAUUUGCAUCCGGGAAAUAAUACGUCGUAUGCUAGAAUAUUCGACCAACUUAUGAACUGGACAAUUGCCCUAGCGGAUACAAUCAGAAUGAACGAGAUCUCCACUAGGUUAAAUGGUGUUGACGGUUAUAGUGGCUUCUUGUCACAGAUUCCAGGAUCAGCAAAAACACUUUUAAUUUGUAUGAUUCAACUUCGAUUACUCAACAUAGCAUCCUCAUUGUCACCAUUACUGACCGCUGAAAGUUACAAUUUCGAAAUUGAAGUAAACCUGUUCUGGGAUUCUGAUAUAAUUUUGGAUGGGGUAUUUAAUGAAGUUCUUGUUUUGUUUUUUCAAACCGGUGAAUCCUUAGCUACGUUGACCAGAAUGGGGAUGUCAAAACUCUUUACAAUUGCUGUUAAUUCAUUAAUAGCAAGGGACCAAAGAGAUCCCAUUUAUUUUGAAUGUAUUGAUACUGACAGCAUCAAUCAAAUAAGUGACGUCUCGCUUGAGAAGUUUCAUGAUUUUUUCAUUACAGUUAUGCUUGUAAAUAAAUGUGAUGUUCUGGUGGUUGACCAAUCCAUAUCAUUACUGGUGUAUUUUGCCAUUGAAAAAAUCUUAGGUAUUUUUUUGAGACAGGUUGUCAUUUUUAAGGACUUAUUGACAUGUAAACAAAAGGGAGAGAAUGAUUAUGAAAGUAUACCAGAGCUUUCAAGAUUAGAGGAAAAGAUCAAAUUACAGGAUAGAUUGACUGACACAAAAGCGCUCACCGAUGCUCUUGAUGUACCUUCAUAUGAUGAGCUCAUUGAAAUGUUGCUUGGAUCAAGUGACACAUUAGAGGGCAAUGUUUUCAAUAUUAUAUCGUAUGCAAAAAUGCCUAAACAUUUUGACAAAGGAAUUUUAACCUUACAGUACCCAGGAAUGGUUCAUUUGGUGAAUUUACCUGUUGAUUAUAAUACUUGCAUUGUGGGCACUUCACAAAUUGCUACGCGUGAUAAUUGUAAAUGCUUAAUUUGUGGACAAUGGAUCAGUGCCGCUAGAAAUGUAGCCCACAUGAUGACUUGUGCUUCUCAAAUAGGAAUCUUAUUCAACCUAAAAUCCAAUACGCUCAGAAUUUGCAUCUACAUUGGAAACAGUCCCAUCACUAUCGAUUUAUCUGCACCUUACUUGACGAAACAUGGAGAAGUUAAGGUAGUCGGUGAAAAAGGAGGAGCCACAUUGAGUGGGUAUAGAUUCGCUCACUUCAAUAAGUUAUGGGUUACUCAAGGUUUGUAUGGGUUUGUUACACGUAAUUUAUUUGGGUCAGGCAUUGCAUUGAAUGAUGUCACUUUUGAUUUUGAUAGAAAUAUGCCUGAAGCAGAUGAGGACGACGAUGAGGCAGCGUUCUUUGAGUGGGAUGGCCAACCAAUAAUUAUGUAA